UACAUCAGCGGCAGCACCAUCAACAGCUGCAACAUGAUGUCCAGCAACACCAUCAGCAGCAGUUGCAGUAUCCAUUGCAAAGAAGAGUUCCAUCACCGUGGUUAGAUGUGUCCUCUUCACUCGCAUGUGCUGCACAAAGAGAACUAUAUGAAGAUACGCUCCCAGCUAGAAACACGAGGAGGACAACACAUAAUGAUAACAGACAUAGUGUCCUGUAUCAUGAAGGAAAAGGAAACGACUUUCCAUUCCAUGAAACAAGAACUGAAGUAUUUCAUCCUGGUCAGAGAAACAGAAGAUUAUUAAGUGAGGUGUAUGAGGCACGAAGUGGACUGUACAAUGAGGUUUUGCCCACAAGAAAUGUCCAACCGGCAACAGACACUGAUUACAGACAUAAUGGUGUGUACUACAAAAAACUGCAAAAUAGAUUUCCAUAUCAUGAUGAUAGGUCAGAAAUUUUUCUCACUGAAGAAAAACGGAGAAGAUUUUUGGAUGAGAGUAAUGAGUUUCGAAGGAGGAUGUGGCGUGCUCAAGAAUCUUGUUCAACAUUCGAGAGAAAGCACGAAUGUCACAGGAGUCCCAGGGACCGAAGUGUUGGGCCAGAUCAGAGGUGCAGCAGGUACCGAAGCAAGAGUGUAGGGCCCGAGCUAGGGUAUCGAAGGACAUAUGACACUGAUUCAAGAAGAAAUACAAACAAUGGAGAAAACAAGCUAUUCUUCAAACAGAACAGUCAAAAAAUCCACUCCGGCUGUUCAGACUAUACAGAUGUGGGUGAAAAGAGAGAGAGAAAUAUCAGACGUGGAAAUGAAUGGAGAACAGGAUCAAAUCUGUGUAACGAAAAUGGGUAUAAAACUAAGCAGAAGGCUCAUUCUGAAAUGCGCCAACCAAGAUCUAGGAAAAGAAAGGGUUCUGUAUCUCCUGCUAAAAACACUGGCUCUGCCAUAGAUGGAAUAAAGAAAAAAAGAAGGAAUGUUCGUAAACGAGCAAAAAUAAAAAGGAUUGCCUGUGAGUCAUCUGUUAUGCCAAACAGUGAUAGUGCUUCUUCCAGUACUCACAAAUCACCAUAUAUUCAAGAAAACCGGGUUGGAGAUGGCCCUAUUACACAGAUUACUAGAACUGUAUCUAAUUUUGCAGAAGAAACACCAAGUUCUGUUACGAGGAAUGGAAAUGAUCAGAGUGCCAGCAGAAAUUGGCAGUUAACUCCACUUGAGGAUGUACCAUUAAACAGAAGUCUUACUCCUUUAAGUGGUAUUACAAGAACGGUGUUAAAUGCAAAUGCAGAGAGAACACAUGGUCAUAAAGCUGGUGAGAGAAAUCAUAGGCUCCGCAGCUUCCGAGAGGAAGAGGAGGAAGAAGAGAAAAUGCUGGAGGAGGAGGAGGAGGAAGAGGAGGAGGAGGAGGAGGAGGAGGGUAGUGGUAGUGAUGGUGAUAGUGACAUUCAUGAUAAUGAUGAAGAAAGAGAGGAACGAGAAGGCAGCAUUCACAAAAAUGACCAAAGAGAGAAGGCCUUUGAGGCAAGAAAUGUUGAACAUGAAGUCAAUAUAAACACUGACCAACAGUCAGCAGGUGUAUGUAUUGGUAAUAUUGAAUGCACCAAAGACGAUAAAAAUAAGCAUGCUGAUGAAAAAGAAGCACAGCAGCAACUCAAUUUACCUGAAUAUAACUCUGAUGUUCCGGUAGGCAGGUCGCUUCUAAAGUGGACUCUGGGGCUGAGAUGUAGAAUGUGUCAUAAAUUUUUCCUGGAGUAUGAACAAGCAGAACAACAUUGCCAGACUCUUGAACAUUACAACAAUUAUGUGAAAAGACUCAGUGAGCUGCAAUGUGCAUUAAAUAUUGAUCCAAUGGAUGGACCAAAGGCUCUGGAGCUUGAUAGAUUAUUAGAAGAUGAACCUCCAUCAAAUAUACCACCAGAAAGUUCCUAUCUCAGUGAGUUGUGUAGUGGUCUUAUGUGAAAUAAAGUGAUAUAGUUGUGAAUAAAGUAAAGUCAAAUUUAAAAAGGAAAGAGAAUUCAAUUUGUCUGAACAAAACUAAACAUUUAUGUGACUCAGUAAAAUUUCUGAGGCUGUCUGAUUACAUGCAUGGUUUGUAUGUCUAGAGUGUUGUUAGUUGAUUUCAGCCCAGAACAUAACAAACUGUGUUGCAUAAGUGAUUGAUUUGCUCACAGUUCAUUAGUGUUGCUGGAAAUUGUAUUAACAGAUUUCAGUGGGUGGCAUAUCUAGAAAACUUUACUCUUUUUGGCAAAAUGUGGAAAGUCAGUAUUAGAAAUUUGCAUUGUCUGAAAUAGAUUUUUUUCACCAUGGAUAUCUAGUAUGUGCAAUGUAUCUAGUAUGUGCAAUGAACG